UCCAGUUUCUCAAGAUCCCCCCGGGGAAACGCUAGACUCUGGAAUUUCUCCUUCAUCCUAUCUCAUUCUUGGUGCAUCUCAAAGAUUGUCCAAAAUGUUAAAAGUCGCGUCCUUACUUGCGUUUUGGAGCGCCAGCUCUUUGACUGGCGUGGCAUUGGGUCAGGCAGAUUGCCCUGCUACGGGAACAUCGAUCAUCGCCCACAGUGGUGAGCCUGUUGGAAAGGAGCAGGUUUACAAUGACAUCAACAUGUAUGUCACGGGCAACACGUCGGAAAUAGGUGUUCUGUAUCUGACAGAUGUGUUUGGGAUCCAAUUGGCCGAGAAUAAGCUGCUUGCGGAUAGUUUCGGGCGAGCUGGCUAUCUUACUGUUGCGCCGGAUAUGUUCAACGGGACACCGGCUCCCGGGGACAUCAAUGGGACGCCAACUUUCAACACAACGAAAUUCCUGGCUGACCAUGACCCCGAGACAACUGACCCGAUCAUCGCGACAGCCAUUGACUUCUUGCGCACUGAACUCGGAGUGAAGAAAGUAGUCGCUACCGGCUACUGCUUUGGUGGUCGUUACACGUUCCGUGUGCUGGCCGAAGGGAAGGGUGUUUCUGCUGGUUUCGCCGCUCAUCCGAGUUUGCUAGAGGACGGCGAGAUCUCCGCCAUCACCGGUCCUGCUAGCAUUGCCGCCGCAGACGGAGAUGAUAUGACACCUGCUGAAAGGAGGUCGGCAAUUGAGGCUUUGCUUCUCGAAACCGGGUACCCUUAUUCACUUGCGCUGUACGGCGGUACCCAGCACGGAUUUGGUGUGCGAGCGAACAUUUCGGACCCGAAGCAGAAAUUUGGGAAAGAAGAAGCAUUCUUCCAAGCCAUCCGAUGGUUCAAUGCCUGGGCUUAGGUUGAUCGCCUUAUUUCUUCGAUGCGCAGCGUGCUUGGUGUGCUUUUCGGGGUCAUGUCUACUACGUAGUAUAUAGAUCCUAUGUAAAUAUGCCGUUCCAUAGCCGGGAUCUGAUGUCCAGAUAUUGAAUGUCAGUAUUAAUCGGAUUAUAUGCGCCACAAUAGUUA